ACAACAUAUAAACAAACUGGCCACAAGUCUGAGAUAAUCUUGAUUUGUUUUCUUCCUCAAAAUCUAUCUUCCUUCUCUCCCUAGCUUCCCUACAAUGGAGCUUCUACACUCUGCAGCCAUUCCAAGCAAACAAAAGCUACUCAUUGUAGUGACCAUUUCCAUCUCUCUCUUCACCAUCAUCCCUCUUCUCUACCCUUUUGUUGAAGACCCUAACUUCUUCUUCAAGCAACAACAUCCAAGUCAAACAAGCAUCGUCAAGCUACAAGACAGUGUUGCAGCCACACACAAAAGCUGCGACAUAUUCUCGGGAGAGUGGGUUCCUAACCCUGAGGCACCUUACUACACGAACACCACGUGCUGGGCGAUACACGAACACCAAAACUGCAUGAGGUUCGGAAGACCCGACACAGAUUUCAUCAAGUGGAAAUGGAAACCCCACGGGUGUGAAGAUGACUUGCCGGUUUUUGACCCGCUUCGGUUUCUUGAGACCGUGAGAGGUAAAACCAUGGCGUUUGUUGGUGACUCUGUUAGCAGAAACCACAUGCAGUCUUUGAUCUGCCUUCUCUCUCAGGUUGAAUAUCCAGUCGAUGCUUCAGUUAACACUAGCGAUUAUUUCAAACGAUGGACAUACGAGACAUACAAUUUCACCAUCGCUCCAUUUUGGUCAACACACUUGGUAAAGUCCACAGAACCAGAGCCGGGCAAGACAGAGCAUAGUGUUUUUGAUCUAUACCUUGAUGAAGCAGACGAGCGUUGGACAGCAGAGAUAGGAGACUUCGACUACGUGAUCAUCUCCUCAGGCCACUGGCAUUACCGGCCAUCGGUCUACUACGAGAACAAUACCAUCAUUGGUUGCCGUUAUUGCCAGUUACCAAACAUAAGCGACUUCUCGAUGUUUUACGGGUACAGAAAAGCGUUUAGAACAGCGUUUAAAGCGAUCUUGGACUCUGAGACAUUCGAGGGCGUUAUGUAUUUACGUACCUUUGCACCAUCGCAUUUCGAGGGUGGGUUAUGGAACGAAGGAGGGAACUGUUUGAGGAAAGGACCUUAUCAGAGGAACGAGACUCAAGACGAUGUGACGAUGAAGCUACACAAGAUUCAGGUGGAAGAGUUUGAGAGAGCUGAAGUAGAAGCCAAGAGGAAAGGAAAGAGGUUUAGACUACUAGAUACGACUCAAGCGAUGUGGCUUAGGCCCGAUGGUCACCCGAGCCGCUACGGUCAUCUUCCUGAGGCUAAUGUGUCGUUGUACAACGACUGUGUCCACUGGUGCCUGCCUGGUCCGAUAGAUAACCUAAAUGACUUCUUACUCGCUAUGAUUAAGAGAGAAGAAGAGAAAGGACUAUUGGCUCAAGUUCGGAAAAUGAUGUCCUAAUGACCAAAACCAAAAGUCUUUCCUGCUCUGUUUUUUUAAUUGGAUUUAAUGAAUAGUCAAAUGUUGUCCAUGAUUAUUUGAUCACCACGAGUUCAACA